AUGCCGAUUAACAAAAGUCACAUAAAUGCAGCAAUAGAGUGGUACAAUAAGGUCAUGAAGAAAAAUACCAAGGACCAAGUCAGUUUAAAUACAAUUCUUCGGAAUUUCAAAGAAGAAGGCUUAUCUGUUAUAUUAAAUAGAUUUCUGGAUGAAACUGGAAAAACGUGAGAAGAAAAUAUUGAGAUUUUGGAAAAGAAAGGAAUACUAUAAUUUUUAAAAAUAAUGGAUUUUUAUUUGGAAAAAAUAGCUGAUUUUUAAGCAGAAAUUAUUAUAUGAAUUAUGACCUAUUUAUUAGGAUUCAGAAUAAAAUCUGAAACUUCAUCAGAAAAUGAGAACCAAUUUUUAUUGCAGAUCUUAUUAAAGCUUUAUUAUCAAUACCACGAAACUUCUCAUUUGCAUACAAAAUCACUUUCAAUUUCAGCAACUUCAAAAAACAAACUCCAAUUGAGAAGUGCCAGGAAAAUAUCAAUUGAUAUCCCUAAGACAAAAAACAUUGUAGUUUGCCCAAAAGGAUCAUUUUCUCAGUAUAUAUGCAGAAAAGACCCAAUGAGCUAUAAUAUGAAAUCUUUAUCAGAAUUAACACUAGGAGCAUCUUCUCAAAGAAGCUUAAUAAGUGCUGUUGACAGCCAAACUCGAUCAGAGUCUCCAAUUUCAGCAGCCAGUGAUCCAGUUAUUUCUAAAAAAAAAUCACAAAAAUUAGUCCAAAUGGAGAAACUCAGCCAAUUGCAAGAACGCAAACUCAUGUGAAUUGCUGAUGCACGAACCAAAACUGAGGCAGAAAAUAUUGAUGCGUCUUUUCUGCAGUCACGAAAAAGAAGCAAAAGUGCUGUUCAAGUGGAUAGAAUUUUACUAUAUUUAUUGAAGCCCAGAACAAUAUGUAUUUCUAAAGGAGAUUUCGUAAAGAAGCCAUUUAUAGUAAAUUUGGUGCCAAAUGAGCUAAAAUAUUCAUAUAAAAAUGAGGAGUAUUAUUUUGAAUGAAAAGAUGUAAGCUCUUUAAAGCUUAGUGGGUGGAUUGAUGCGAGACAAAUAAAUAAUACAGUAAAGAGUGGCUUGGAUGUGGUUUUAGAAAUAAAUGAAGAAAAUAGAAAGGAAAAGAUGACUCUGCAUUGCUCUAAUAGUGAACAAGCUUCAAAAUAUGAACUUGGAAUCAAAAGAGUGCUAAAGUCAGAUAAAAAAAUUUAUUAAUAAAUGGUGGAAUUAGGGAUAUAAAUGCUAAAAAUAAUCAAAUUACUGUAAAAAGUGUAGCUUGGCAACUAAAAUGUAA